AUGUCUUCAGUCCCUACUACAAAUGGCGGUCACGGUGUCGGUACGAUACCUGAAGGUGCGGACGAAGACAGUAUCCCAGACGAUACGAGGAUUAAUGGAAAUCACAAUACAACUGUCAAUGUCAAAGACUUACCAUACAUGUUCGAUACACUCAAACCACCUUCUGCAAAUCAUACACAUGCAAUCGGUACACCUUCUUUAUCUCCUCCCACAUCUACCCCCGAAUCAGAAGCUGAACCAGUCAGCCCUCCUAAAAUAUCACAGCUUCAACAUGCAACCAAACACGAUUAUCAUCCAUCACCUCUCGGUAACGAUGUCGAAAAAGCUUCACAUCGAUCCGUGAAUGGAGAACAUAACACUCACCUCGCCCCUCCCAGUCCCACUGCGGCUACUGUAGCAAGUGCAGACUCUUUACAAGUUCAUCAGCCUCAUGCUGCAUUACCAGAUCUUUCAUUCCCUUUCCCAAACUUCCGCCCUCUCCCUUCCUCUUCCAAUUCUCCUCAUCCUGGUCACGCCAUGAACAUCCCCCCACCACCGGUUAGCGGCAUGAACUCCACUCAGAUGUCGCGAGCCAAUUCUUCUGCUGGAUCUCAUCACACACAAGAUAAACACCUAGAAGCACCAACGCGUCCUACUAGAGCUCACACAAGUACCAGUAAGCCUACCAUGUUAGCUGAGCAUGGACCUAAAAAAUCUUUCCUUCACAAAAUGUUCCACCCUAACGAAGCCAAACAUGAAGCCAAGCUUGCUGCACACGCUCAGGCUCAAGCUCAAGCCGAAGCACGCGCUCAAUCUGGUCAAAACCACUAUGAUAAUCUUUCCAUAGAUAUCUCCCGAGGACAUUCUUCCAGCGGCCACAAUUCUCCUCGAAGCAGAUCGCCCAAUCCUCCAAGUAGGGAUGCAACUAGGUCACCACCUCUUACUCCGUCAUCUCCACCGGCUGUCGCUUCCGAUUCUGAUCAUUCUCGACCUCCAUCUCGAGCGCCCAGUUUCCGACGACAAAAUUCUGAUCCUCACGCUCAACCUCCUAUCGACCGACGAGGUGCUUCUACCCCUCCUGUACCAGCUCCAGGUUUACAACGAAAGUCCUCUCAACGAUCGGCGUCGCAUGGUUCUGUGGGAGGCAAAGAGAAGCCCGUUGCCAUCGUUGGUGGUCAACCUGUUGCUUUAGCCAAUAAGCAAGAAGUCACCAGUGCUUCUGGAAACAAAUUCACAUUGAAGGAUCUUGUUGGAUUGGGUGACAGUGGACCUAAACUUUCACGAAAAGCAUCUGCCAAUGGUUCACAAAAAGGGUCAGAUCGAGCUUCCACUAAAGCUGGAUCGGAAGCUGGUGGCGGCGACAAUGGUUCCACCGCUAGUCUGCUGAAGAAAUAUGGUAUUUGCGACAAAGCAGCUAUUGGCAAAGGGGCCACCGCAGUAGUUCGACUGGCCCAUAAGUGGGAUCGAAGAGAAGAAAAGCUUUACGCUGUGAAAGAAUUCAGGAAGAGAAGAAAGAAUGAGACGGAAAAAGAUUACGUCAAGAAACUUACCUCGGAAUUCUGCAUCUCAUCGACGUUACAUCACAUGAACGUGGUAGAAACUGUUGAUCUGGUUCAAGAUGAAGCUCAUCAUUGGUGUGAAGUCAUGGAAUAUUGUCCAGGAGGUGAUUUAUAUGCCGCCAUCAAAAAAGGUGGAAUGAGCAGUGGUGAAGUCGAAUGUACCUUCAAGCAAAUCCUACAAGGUAUUCAAUAUCUCCACUCAAUGGGGGUAGCUCAUAGAGAUAUCAAACCAGAAAAUCUAUUGUUGGAUGGUAGAGGUCAUGUCAAGAUAACCGACUUUGGUGUCUCUGAUGUUUUCAGGAUGUGUUGGGAAAAGAAGACCCAUCUGUCCAAAGGAUUAUGUGGGUCGGAGCCGUAUAUCGCUCCUGAGUUAUUCGACCAUAAGGAAUACGACGCUCGACAGGUGGAUGUAUGGGCAGCUGCAAUUGUGUUUUACUGUAUGCAAUUCCAAGAAUUACCUUGGCGAGUCGCCAAGACGUCCGACAGUACAUUCGCCACAUAUAUCCAACAAUAUAAAGGAGAUGGCAGUGAAAAACCUCCUACACCCGCACCAUUAAAUAACCUCAUCCCUAGGGAGUGUAGAAACGUCAUCAAACAUAUGCUUGAUCCAGAUCCCAAAACAAGAUGGAGUGUGGAUGAGGCUUUGAAAGAUAAAUGGUUGAACUCAGUCGAGGUUUGCGUGGAAGGUGAAAUGAACGGUCAUCAUCAUAUCAGCGCAGGAAUGGAAGUUGUCAAGCUUUAG